GCCUUUGUGCCGCGAAUUCCCCUUUCUCAGACUCACUUGACAUAUCCCAGCCUUCAAAUUCCGAGGUGAUAUCACGGAACUGCGACUUGUCUAAAGCUGUCCUCCUCUGCCCACUCUCUCUGCCGCCACCACCCUACCCAUGUCGUCCCCAGCUCGGCAGUGGUGGUGUCCUGAAUGUCUCCCUGUCAAGCUAUUUUUCGCGCUCGUCACACUCCUGCCAUCAGCGUUUGCGGCCCCUGCUCAUGAGCUGGCUAGGAGGGAUGGUGCAGGUCCUGCUGCCGUAGCUAUAUGGGUCCCGAUCGUCGGCGUCGCUCUCUUCGCCGCAGCAUCGGUCUCGCUCUGUUUCUUCUACUUCCGCAAACGGCAACCUACCACAACCCAGCCAGCACCGCAGCAGCAGCCAGCCACCGCUCCGCUAUCGCUCGCCACUCGUUUGCGCGCAUGGAGUUCGCGGCCGGUGCACAUUCCUGGGACGCGGGAGCUCACCGCAGAGGAGCUGGCUGGAGGAACGACGCGUGGGCUCUUGCGCGGGCGGAGACGGAGGCCGGGAAGCAUGGCGUCGACGCGCUCAACGCGCAGCCUCCCCCCAUAUCUGAAGGAGCCGGGAGAGCAGGAAGUGGUCGUGUACCGAGGUCAAUCGGAGGGGUUUGUUUGGGCGAUCCGAGACGUCCCUGUCGGCGUCGGGGCUGUCGCACCUGCUGUGGAGGCUUCAUCCUGGCCAGCGACUGAAUACGAAUGGACAUGAAAACGCAAGCGCGAACGACCUCACGGCUGUACGAUCUUCUCCUUUCGACUCUCCGAGACCGUCCGAGGAGCAGCAAGGUACGCGCGGAAGGCCACGCGGCGCGACGGUCGCGGGGCUGGUCUCUCCUCCAUCGCCCACGGUGCCGUACCGCACACACCGGCCAUCCCACUCAGGCUCUG